UUACGUCACAAAAGGCUGUACCCGGCUGUGUCUCGUAGUAGUGGAGGGCCAGGAUGGCUGUUCGGUGUGUUCCAUGGCUGCUGCUGGUGAGCGGGGUCCUGGCCGCCGUACUGAGCGCUGCUUCAGCGGACGGGAACGGUCUACCGAGCAAGAAGCUGCGGAUGCAGUACACGGCGGGGCCGCUGCUUAAGUUCCAGAUCUGUAUCUCCUGAGGUUACCGGCGGGUGUUUGAGGAGUACAUGCGGGUUAUCAGCCAGCGGUACCCAGACAUCCGCAUUGAAGGAGAGAAUUACCUUCCUCACCCCUUUUAUAAACACAUUGCAUCAUUUCUGUCAGUCUUCAAGUUAGUAUUAAUAGGCUUAAUAAUCGUUGGAAAAGAUCCCUUUGCACUUCUUGGCAUGCAAGCUCCGGGUGUUUGGCAGUGGGGGCAAGAAAACAAGGUCUAUGCCUGCAUGAUGGUUUUCUUCCUGAGCAACAUGAUUGAGAACCAGUGUAUGUCUACUGGAGCCUUUGAGGUCACUUUGAAUGAUGUACCUGUGUGGUCAAAGCUAGAAUCUGGUCAUCUCCCAUCAAUGCAGCAACUUGUCCAAAUUAUUGAUAACGAAAUGAAGCUAAAUGUGAACAUGGAUGUGAUUCCCAACCACCACCGCUCAUAGCCACAUCUUCCAGCACUAGAUUAAUCUUGCAUGACGUGGGCUUCUAUGAAGGUGUCAGCGGGGCUGGUGUUUAUGAAGGCCUUCUCUGAAGACAGUCACUGUUGGUGCAGGCUGGAUGUCUCUGCCAUCUCGUUGACCCUUUUUAAAGUUCUGCUUGCAAGAUUUUUCCGAGUGCUGCCAUCUUGUGGAUUUUUACAGACACAGUGCAAUGAAAUUCUGUGUAGAUUUAAAGGAGUACUCCUGCGCUUAGACAUCUUAUCCCCAAUCCAAAGGAUAGGGGAUAAGAUGCCUGAUCGUGGGGGUCCCGCCACUGGGGACCCCGUGAUCUCGCACCGAGUUAUCAGUCCUCGGGUCUGAUUACUGUCGAUUGCCUAUGGGAGGGGGCGUGACAGCUGUCACACCCCCUCCCAUAGGCUUGCUGUGAGGGGGGUGGAGCGUGACGUCACAAUGCUCCGGCCCCGUGAUCGCCAGUAAUCAGACCCGGAGCGAACAUUAUAACUGGGCGCGGCGUGCAAGAUCACGGGGGUCCCCAGCGGCGGGACCCCCACGAUCAGGCAUCUUAUCACCUAUCCUUUGGAUAAGGGAUAAGAUGUCUAAGCGCCGGAGUACCCCUUUAAGCCCUUUUUUAUUUUAAAGGCUUUUUUUUUUUUUUUAUUUUUUAUUGUUCCAUAAGUCACAUAAUGCUGGCAUUAAACCUUGUUUUAUAUUCAUCAUUUACAGUGUUGGAAUAGGUUAUCUGAUUUUCUUUCCUCCUGAGAUUUUUGUCUUUGAUACCUAAUUUUUAUAAGAAUCUGUUCUUCUUUUUAUAGUUUAAAGUGAUGCUCUAACAGAAAAGGACUAACAAUCCACAGAUGUUCGCGUUGUUUAGUUCUUUUCAUGUUCUGUAUAAUAAGAUUAUAUUGCAGAUCGCUAAGUUAUUCUAAAUUAUAAACAAAUUUAUUGCCAUUGAGGAUAUAUCUGUGACUGUUUAAGGAAGAUAAAGUUAUUCUGUUGUAUUUGAGUUAAUGUAGAAUUUUUAAACUGA